AAUAACAACACGAACAUGUUUAGGCCCUGCCUGCCUGCCCUUCUUGCAUGAGGGGGGCACGGCAGAGGCUAUUGCUGGAAUGUAAGCUAUCUGCACAACCGGCGGCAGGGGGCGGAAGACCUGUUGCUAAGAGACAGUCUGUGGGAGGCAGGAUGAUGGAGGAAAGGAUGCAGGGGGAAAUUUUCAGCCGGGGGAAAACGCAGCUCGGGAAAAUAUCGAAUUCGUCGCUGUAUUAAGCGUUUGACCCAUUGCACAAUACCGUUUUUUUUUUGUAACAUCGUAUGAUUAGGCUUUGUUUGCGUCGGUCUUUCAUUUUUAUUAAUAAAUGGUUUUGGAGCUGGCAGCGCCCGCGAGAGCAGGCCCCCUGCUGCAGCGCUGUAUCCCGCACAUCGAGCGUGUUUUCCGGGUAAGGGUCAGCCACAGCUCCGCUGAGUCAAACUGCGGCAGCUCCGUCGACAGCAGCAGCAUUAGGUUGAAUAUCGGAGAGGGCGAAGAAGGCGACUGCAGAAAGGCAAACGACUAUAUAGUUUCACUUAUCUCUCCGGAACACAGAAUAAAGGAACGCUUAACAUUAGCGUUGCGUAAACGGCUGCUGACAGUGAAAUCCACCAUUGAGUAUGACUCGCAGGCUGUUGUGGAGAUAAAAGACAAUGCUCUUGAGAUUUCGGGCGGCGAGCACAACGUAAUGACGGCCUGGUCCAUGGUGGAGAAGUUGAAAAUGGAGAAACGGUCCUCCAGAGAAGAGGUCAACAUUCUCAGAGAGACAGCAGCAGACUGCAGCGCGGAGUCUGAGGACGGCACAAGCUCUGAGAGCGAAACGGAGCCGGCGUGCGGCAAGAAGAGGGAGCCACUCAUCAACAACAAGCCCCACCGCCAGCUCUGCCGCUCCCCCUGCCUGGACCGGCCUAGCUUCUCCCAGAGCAGCAUCCUGCAGGACCUCCGAGCCGAAGACGCCAGGGCCGCCAGCUGCAAGCUCAGCCUGGAUAAGGAGUACCAGGCCAAAAUGGAUUUUGCUUUGAAGCUGGGGUAUUCUGGUGAGCAGAUUGAGACUGUACUCCACAAACUGGGGGCUGACGCCCUCAUCAAUGACAUUCUGGCAGAACUUGUGAGGCUGGGCAAUAAGGGCGACGUGGACACGCAGAGUGGUACGUGCACGAGCACAAGCAUGUUGGUACCUCGGGGCCUCUGUACAAAGGAAAUCGCCAGCCCAGAAAUCUCAUUAGAAGAGGAAGCAGUGGACAAUUUAGACAAUUUGAGACCAAUAGUGAUUGACGGGUCUAAUGUGGCUAUGAGUCAUGGAAACAAAGAGGUGUUCUCUUGUCGUGGGAUCCAGCUGGCUGUCGACUGGUUUCUGGAGAAGGGGCACAAAGACAUCACAGUGUUCGUGCCGGCGUGGAGGAAGGAGCAGUCCAGACCCGACGCACCGAUCACAGAUCAGGAGAUCCUGAGAAAGCUUGAAAAAGAGAAGAUUCUUGUAUUCACACCUUCACGGAGAGUCCAGGGGAGGAGGGUGGUGUGCUACGAUGAUCGCUUUAUAGUGAAGCUGGCAUGUGAAUCUGAUGGCAUCAUUGUGUCCAAUGAUAAUUACCGGGAUCUGCAGAAUGAGAAACCAGAGUGGAAGAAGUUCAUAGAAGAGCGGCUCUUAAUGUACUCCUUUGUAAACGACAAGUUUAUGCCACCUGAUGAUCCUUUGGGGCGUCAUGGUCCAAGUUUGGAGAAUUUCCUCAGAAAACGACCAGUUAUUCCCGAGCAUAAGAAACAACCCUGUCCAUAUGGAAAAAAGUGCACAUAUGGGCAUAAAUGCAAAUAUUACCACCCAGAGCGUGCUAACCAAUCACAGAGAUCAGUAGCAGAUGAGCUGCGGGCUUUUGCCAAGUUGUCUGCUGUGAAAACCAUGAGUGAAGGUGCCCUGGCAAAAUGUGGCACCGGGCCUGCCACAGCUAAAGGAGAGAGCAGCUCUGAAGUCAAACGCGUCGCUCCCAAGCGUCAGUCAGACCCCAGCAUCCGCUCAGUGGCCUGUGAACCAGAGGAAAGGCUAUCGGCAGCUCGCAAACCUGAGGCUAGCUCCGUGCCUUCUCUUGUGUCUGCUCUCAGCGUGCCAACAAUGCAGCCAGCCAAAAGCCACGCUGCUGGUGCCUUGAACACCCGCUCCGCCAGCAGCCCCGUGCCGGGUUCUUCACAGUUCUCUCAGUGCUCGUCGCUGGAACACAUGUCUAGUGUGCAGUAUCCACCUAUCCUGGUCACCAACAGCCACGGCACCUCCAUCAACUACUCGGAACAGUACCCCAAGUACGACACCGGGGGGGCUGAUCACGGCUACUACUCCAUGUUGAGCGACUUCUCAAAUCUGAGCCUCAGCAGCAUGCACAACACAGACAGUUUCUACAGCAUGGAACAGGAGCACGGCAUGUACACGAGAAACCCCAGCCCUUGCCCUGAUCCUUGCAUUAGCCAUUCGAGUAACGAAUCCUCCUACUCCUACGGGGACCUGUACAUGAGUUCAGGGGACGGAGGUCCGGAGGAAAACGUCAAGUGCCACCUGCCUCCUUCUCAGAACAGGUUGCAGCCGUUUUCCCAUGGCUUCCACGAGGCUUUAAAAAGAGUGCAGAGUUACGGACCCGACGAGCCCAAACAGGCGCCACGCAAGCAGUCAGUUUCUCACCUUGCGCCGCAUGUACAGCACCCCGUGGUUGGGGCACGGUCGAGCUGCCCUGGGGACUAUCCCAUACCUCAGAACGUCCACCCGUCCUCAACUUCACAGCCAGGUCGGGCUUUAGGCAUGACCAGGAUGGACAGUAUAUCAGACUCCAGACUCUACGAGAGCAACCCCAUGAGACAAAGGAGGCCUCCGCUGUGCAGGGAGCAGCACGCCAGCUGGGACCCCCUUCCCUGCGGCACUGAAUCCUAUGGGUACCACUCUUACCCCUUAAGCAGCAACCUCAUGCAGCCUUACUACGAGCGCGUGAUGGUGCGAAGCAUGCCUGAGAAGAUGGAACAGACCUGGAGGUCCCCGUGGGAAGGCAUGCCUGCAGAGCCUCAGGAACGCCAUUUAAUCCCAGAGCACCAGUACCAGACCUACCGCAAUCUCUGCAACAUUUUCCCACAGUAUCUUGUUCACUCUGUUAUGGAGAAGAAUCCUCACAUGACAGACCCCCAGCAGCUUGCAGCUGUCAUAGUCACCAAGUUAAGGUCUGGGCGUUAAAACAUUUCAUUUUGAAGGCAAAAUAAGUAUAAUAUUAUAUAUUUGACGGACAGAAAAAAAAACAUAGUUUUAAAUAAUAAUAAUAAAAAAAAGAAAUGUGAUGCACAAAGUAUAUCUUAUUGUGUAUAUAUUUGUAUCUGCUCUAGCACUGCUGUAAAUAUUUUGGGACUGGCACAAAGUAAUUUCCAGAGAUUUUAAUAAAAGGUGGGGGAACCUAAGGAAGUGCAUACCUCACUGCAUGGAUUUUAACUUAAAUUGCCUUUUAUUUAAGUGACCUCAUAGUGAUUGUUAACCACUUUUAAUUUAUGGUAUUUUUAUGUUAUUUAAGAAGUGUAUUUGCUCCAUUGAAUAUGUUGAGUAUUAGCAAUGUGAAAUUUAAAUUUGCUAUCAUAACAAUUCAGUUAUGAAAAUAUUUCUUUCCUUAACAAUCUACUUUUUUUAUUUUUUUUUUUUAUUUAGAAAUGCUUAGCUAAACACAGAGGCAAUGAAAAUGGUUCUUAUUUACCUUUUAUAGCCACUGACUGUAUCUUAAUAGGUUCUGUUAUUUGGAUAAAUAUGUUUAGAAAGUAGCCAUUGUGAAAACCUAUUUCAAAGCUGCUGAGAUUAUGCCAAAACAUUAAGUACCGUUGUUGUUGCUGGGUAUUAGUUUAAAAGUACCAGUUCCUUUAUAGCAGGUUCAUUUUAUUUUAUUUUAAGACAUGCCACAAUUUUAUUUCAUGAUGCUUUUAUGUUUGUUGGUUUAAUGUUGCAUCAAUGUAAAACUGACAUCAUUUUCCAAGUCAUACAUCGGAUUAUGGCUCAUCCAGCUAGAAUAUGUGUGAAGUAUAGUUUUCUGUUAAACUGGUACUUCUCUUUGUGAAAUUUAAAAAUCCAUGUGAGGGUGUGCAUUAAUUUCCUUGAGUCUCAGGUACCUUGUAAGGUGAUAAAAAGAGCCUUCACGGAAAUGCACUUAGAAUCAUUUCCAAACCUUCAAUACCUGCAGUAGAUUUUUUGGGGGGGAGGAGGGGGAGGCUGUCGUUCUGCAGCUGAAGCCCUGAAGAGGCUGCCUUUUUCUUUAAUGCUGCACUGAAAGGACACCGCCACCCUUCUUUAGAUCCAAGUUUUAUUUAAAUAUUUUGGAAUGUUAUUAGCUCGAGCCAGUUCGAGCGGAGACUUGUUGACUUGUAGUUUUUUCAUGAGAGUCAGGAAGGCCGUGUACGGCCCUCUGUUUCUUCAUGAGAAGGUGUGACACUGCCUAAAUGUUUCUUACUGUGAAACACUCCCAACGUGAGGCUGCAGUCAGGUUUGUUUCUGGCAUUUUGCUAACGGCUUGCACGCUGCUGUUUUUGUUUUUAUUGAUUUAAUUUGAUUAUACUUUUUUUUUUUUUUUUUCUUUUUUUUAUGUAAUCUGGACUGAACUUAAUUCAGCCAUAACUUUGAAGUACACACUUAUAAUUAACACUAGCUUUUGUAAGGCCAAUUUGUUUAUUUUUUAGGCCCUUACCUGAAUUCACCUGUGCAAUGAAGAAAGAUGCCAAACUAGAAUUUUUAUUUUUUAAUUUUGUAUUUUUAUUUUUAGGUAACAUAGAUGCAUUUUUUAAAAAAAACUACAUUUGGAGGGGAAAAAACAGCUGCUCUCCCAGCAUGAUAAAAUACAGAAUUAUUUUUGCACGAGGCUGUCAUCCUUUUUUAUGUUUUGUUGAUCGCACUCCCGUCAAGUUUUUAAAAUCCUCUCUUCUACACAGAGCUGUUGGGUGUCUUCAGGUACUUGACUUGCACAAUCCUGCCCCGAUUCUGCUCCAUACUUUUUCUGUUUUAAAUGCAGCAAACAGCAAUGCCCCAAAUGUCCAGAAACGACCUUUGUUUGUUGAUACAAAUUGUAUCUCUUUUUUCUUGAUUGUAUAAAAUAUUUAUGAAAUGUACAGUAUCAUCUAUAGUAUAGCUUUAAUAUCGAUUUCUUUGCCACAAUGUUUGUGACACUGUGUGUCACUGGGAGUAGCCCAUGGGUAUGUACUAUUUCUUACUGGGCACUGUAGUUUAUAGAAAAAAUAAAAAAAAACUUUUUAAAACUGCUAGGUGUGCACAGAUCUCUUGUGUACCGCUUUUAGCGUUAUCCUGUCCUAUCUGUACAUUAUUUAUUAUAAAUAAAAUGUAAACCGUGUUAAUAAAGCUGAAGUAUAUUGUUGUUACACUGUAUUCUUAAAACUGAAAAAUGUGUGGUAAUUCAAGCGCUGUUGUACUUGAUCAGUAUAAGACAUCUGCCUUGCCCGCUAUUCUUGCAGUUGCUAGAAUUUAACUAUUCUUGUUUUGCAAAUGGCUAGGUGUUUAAAUUCAUGAAGUUUUAAAGUCAAUUCGCUCUAAAUGUCUACUAUAAAAAGGCAUUGUAUUUCUAAUCUACUCAAGCUAAUAUCUAAGCAGUUCUGUAAUGACUAGGAUCUAUGAAACUUUGCUGGGAUCACCACAUUUUUUGUUUAUAUAUAUAAAAAAAAUUGAAACAUUAUGAUUGCAAGUUGCCACAACUUUCUGGCUCAGAAUUUUGCCUGAAGUAAUAAAAAGCCACUUGGAGGCUUAUUGUAUUCGGUUACCUAUUUUAAUAUGUGCCAGUUAAAAAGCAAUGCAAAGUUUAUGUGCUGUAUUUCAAAGGCAAUGAAGGAUAUAUUGGCAGAAUUUUUUUUAGAAGCCCAUCCUACUUGCAUGUUCUUGAGCUAGUCUAAAUCUUGCAAAUCUAAUUGAGAUAUUUGAAUAGUACUGUAUGUGUACAGUAUGUGUCAUUGUAUAUAUAAACAAUUGAACAAUUCUGCACUGUUUUACCUAUAAAUCAAUUUACUUAUCUUCCAACUUGCCCUCAGUUGCUAAGCUUUAUUCAUUGUUUAAAAUGUUAUCACGUACUUGUUUUGAGACUUUUACUAUAGCAUUUCUUAAUGAAGAUAUGAGAGCCGAGACUAAAUACAAAUUACACUAACUGCAUUAUUAAUUGAAUUCUUAUAUUGUGUAUCUGAAGUUCAUUAUCAGAUUUAACAAUCUGAAUGAAAAACUAUUGUAUUUCUGUUAAGUGUACUCUGCUGUGGUUAUUUAGCUGUUAAGGGUGAGUUGACUAAUAUUAGGUCUUGUGUUCUACUGAGCUGCAGUAGUUUGUUUUAUUCUUUGGUUGAAUGAAAUUUGUUGCUUUUUAAUUGUAACAAAAUGUAUAUUGAUAAUUAAACAGAACAAACACAAAAAAAAACCAAAAAAAAACUCUUUGGGUCUGUUGACCCAAACAAAAUGUAAGUCUCAAUGACAAAGUGUGUCUGUUUCUUUAAAUAAAGCCAACGUGUGGUGUUUGUACAGUAAUUGUAAUGUGUGUGGAAUAAACAUGUGUAAAUUGUGCCAAACACAUACAGCAAUGUACAGUCGCAGGACCUCUCCUCAAAUGAUUCUUGUCCAGUUAAAAGAUAUAAAGGGUAACAUUCGGUUUAUGAAUGUAAAACUAUCUGUAGAAAUCAUUGUAAUAGAGCUGUCAAAAUAAGCAAAGGCACAGAAAGCAGCCUCUCCCAGCUCCCUCUGAGCUCCCAGUAUAAAGUAUGGUAGCCGUGGGUGUUAAACCUCAGAAUAAGGAGUAACUAACAUACAUACAUACAUACAUGGGAUGCAGAGCACAGUCCUUUUUAUCAAUGUUACGAACAGGAGAAUACUGGAGGUAGGUGAAAUCUAUACAUGGGAAUUGUACAAAGAAACGUGAUAGAUGCAUCAGUGACCUUUAGAAUAUAUCUGGCUGCAGACACUGGCGGUUUGAUACUGAAGCAGGCGAAUGGAAACAUGGCAUAACACAGACUCAGAGUUGCAGUGUUAUUUAUACGUUCUUCGAUAGGUGUGGAUUGUAAGUCCUUAACUGAGACAGCAAGGAUCACUACUCGGAUAAUCUUACUGAACAGGAUUCUGUAUGUUGUGAAGGGUUUUGGUCUGUAAGGAUGUGUGUGGGCACUUGAAUUACCUUGCACUUCACACCACAGACAACCGCUCUAUCUACUGCUGGAGAUGGGAGUACAGAAUACUUGUUUAAAAGGUCAAAAUCAGCAACAAAAUCCUUUUAGUAAGUAACAAGACAACAUUAGUUCCUGAGGCAGUGGAGAUCACGAUACAAAAGACAAAUUUAGUUUAUGCUUUACUAUAUGUUUCUGUGUGUAUUAUAAUAUAAUAAAAAUAUAUAAAAAAAAAAAAAAAAAGCAGAUGACUUGGUUUAAAUGUAUUGUUAAGAGCUACUGUUCUAAAUAUUUAACUUCUCUGUAUUUAUCAUGUCACCAUGAAUUGAAAAAUGUAGAAAAUAAUUUAUUUGACUCAUACUGUAACUUCAAAGGUACUGAAAAUGAACAGGCGCUUUUUUCUUCAAGAACAAGUUUGGAAGUUGAAUGUGGUACAGUCAUUUUAGUGUUUAAAUACGGAUAGUUCCUUUUAAUAAGAUGUUUAUUACUUUUUAAUAAAUGCCUGCAUUGUGUUUUAGCAUGAAGUGAACAUUGCUCUUUUUGUUCAAAGGUAACUUAGUAAAAAAAAAAAAGAA